GGGCGGCGCGCCCCCGGGCCUCCUCCCGCCCCGCCGCCGGUCCGCUCCGCCCGCGCGCCAUGGGCAGCGGCAGCAGCCGGAGCGGCCGCGCCCUGCGGCGUCUGCGCAGCCCCGACAGCCGGCCGGCGGGGCCCGGCGGGGCAGCCCCGGAGGGCGGGACGGGGCCGCCGGUUUCUGCGCCGGCGGUGGCAGCGGCCGGGGAGGAGGCCCCGGAGGCGGCGGCCGGGACCGAUCCCGGCCCCGCGGCGCCCCUCGACGGCGGGGACGAGACCCUGCGUCUGCUGGACCAGCUGUUGGCCGAGUCGGCGGGCUGGGGCCCCGCGGAGCUGGCCCCGCGGGGCCCGGCGCUGCCCAAACCCGCAGCAGGCGCCUGGAGCCCGGUGUCCCCAAAGCAGAGCGCUGAAGACCACCCAGAGGGCAGCCAUGUCUCUGAGGCCCCAGGCAGCUGCCACAAGAAGCCCGAGAGGCAGUCGGCUAUCACAUAUGACUACUCCGAGGAGGAGCUGAUGGCCAGCAUUGAGCGGGAGUACUGCUGCUGAGGCCGGUGCAGCAGCAGCCUCACUGUCACCCAGCAACCAACCAACGUGCCAUUCCUCCCAGACCCAGCCCCAUCUGACCAGAACUGGCUGGGGGCGCACGUUCCAAGAUCUUUCACAACUGGCCUCUUCAAAUCCACAUUCAGACAGUUCUGAACAUGGCUGGCUGCUGGUCAUCGUGCUUGCUGGCAAGAGAUGAUCAGCCGUGCAGACCCAGGCAGAAGGAAGGUGCGAGUGCCGGGGAGAGCCAUCUACAAGGGUCUCUCGAAUCCUGAAACACUUUCCCUUUCUGAUGCCCACUCGCCACGUGCUCCAAGGGAGGCUCAUUAGCUGAGUGUGGCUCAGACACGAGGCUACAGGGCCUCACACGUGUCCCACAGCGCCCCGGGGAGGUCUCCCACUGGAGGGCACAUCUAGGAGGUAUGCCUUGCGGAGCUGGAGGGAGUCACCCUCAGGUUUGUGAAUGAGUCUCAUGGAGAUGUUGCAGAUUCUGAUUCCAUGGGUCUGGGGCACGGCCUAUGAGUCUGCAGGUCUCAGCAGUUCCCAGGUGAGACCCAGGCUGCUGGGUCCCAGCUGCGCCCAGAGCGGCAGGGACUGAGCCCAAGCCUUCUGCCUGGCUGGAUCUUCCUUCCCUGGUGCCGGAGGCCGCUCAGAGCCACAGCCCAGCCCCCUCCCCAGAGAGAGGCAUGUGCGCCUGCAGUGUGUGUGUUGUGGGGGGACCAGAGCCAGAGUCCCCAGUUCUGAUCCUUGCCCUCGAACUAACCUGCAGUCACUUCCCCACUCUGGGCCUCGGGGUCCCUCUCUAGAAAGUGAGUCCCAGAGUUGUGUCCCCCACCCCCCUGCUCUGACCAUCUGGGAUUACACAUCCCAGGCGUCCUUGGUCUCCUUGUUCCCCUGGGGGCACGGGACUGCCUCCCCUGCUGGGGGUGAGCCCCAGUCCCACGUGCUCAGGGCCACCUGCUCUUCCACCUGGUAGAAGGAAGAAAAUCACAGCAGUGAGGCCAGAAGAGCCUUAGAACAUCUCCAGUGGACAAAUGAGGAAGCCAGUGCCUUGUGAACCAGGGGGCCCUUGGGGGAGACCCACAGCCUGACUGGAAGGGAGGCCCCUGCUGUGGGCCCAGCGUGGCUGCUGUCUGAAAGUUCAGGGUAGCAGGCGAUAAAGAGCCCAGGAGGGGGGAGACCUGGGAGGCAGGCCCUCCAGAGCAGCUGGCCAGGACGUGGGUAAAAAAAGAAGGGCACGUAGAGGGUACCUGUUCGCCUCCUGAAGCCAGAACGGGUCUCAGCUUGUCCAGUGUUCCCCACCCACGUACAGGUGAUUCCUCCACAGCGUCACCUGCAAGAGCAUCUCAGGGCUCGAGGAACGGCCACCUGGCACCGUGCCCAGGCCACAGGCCUGCUGCCCAAAUGGGCAAACAGGCAUUUCCACAAACCUCUGUGACUUGGCAAGGGUGCCUUUGAUCAGAUGUUUCAUGGCAGGGAGAUUUUAAACUUCGAGGCUUUGAUGGAACCAUGGAUCCUUCCAGCAAAUGCCCCAGAGGGUUGGCUCAGAACCUCCCCCAAACCAGAGCUAUUUCUCAUCCAAGCCCAAACCAUUUGUUUUGAUAUGAAGAUUAAACCUGUUAUUAUCAUAAUAAUACAGAUACUUCUUUUUGAAGUUAAAAUUUUGUUUCUCCCUACUAGACAGAUCAGGCCUUGACUUUAACAAUGUAAAUGUUUAGUUUUAUAUCAUUCAUUUGGUGAAUUAAUUCAGCCAGAAAGUUGACACCCUGUACUUUCCCAUGGAAACCUCAUAAAACCCUUCACGAAACAAAAGCAUUAAGGAAAAGAAUUCCUCAUGACAUUUGAUGUCACCAAUGGGGUGAAUACACUUCAUCAAAGCUGAGAAGUCACAGCGGUCAUUCUCAGGUCUUCAUAUUUUUUUUAUUCCCCCAAUUCAGGAAAAAAAUGUGUCUUCUGGAUGGUGUUUGACAAUAAAGCGGCGUGUCCCAGCUUU